AUGGAGCGUAAAGCCAAAUGCGACCCUGGUAUACCAUCUUGCGCCCCGUGCCAGAAUACGAACUCAAUUUGCGAGUAUACCGAUUCGCGGACCAAGCAGUCCUACCCCAGAGUGUACAUCGAUGAACUUGAGGAGCGUGUCGCUCAUCUCCAGGCCAAGAUCGAACAGCUGGGUCGGACUGCCACGGAGGAUUCCCAGAAUGGCACCCCAAAUGAAUUAUCCGCUAGGCCUGGUAAUGAGACAAGUAUUGACCGACCGCAUCCAGACUUGGUCCAUCUGGAAGCAGGCGGUGAUGCACAUUUCCUUGGGACGUCAAGCGGGAUGUAUCUCGCUCGAUCCGUAUUAGAAUCCGCGGGUCAGGGUCGUAUAGACUUCACUGCUGGCGAGUCCCGCAGCCUGUCGGAAGAUUCGCAGCAGGGAGCCGAUGGGGACCUUGCGAGUGACUCUGACCUUCACCAUGGCCAUUACCCGCUGCCUCCAAGAGCAACCGUUGAGGGCCUCGUAGAGGUCUUCUUCGCCCAACUUCAGAUUCAGUACCCAAUCCUCGCCCCUGAAGAGUUCAACGAAGCAGUAUCACAACUUUACGACCAGCACGAAUCAGGGCAGCGUCACGCCGAAGAUCCUUUCACGGCUUUCAUGCUAAGCAUGGUUCUUUCUAUCGCCCUCCUCCUAGUUUUACACAAGAGUGCUCAGUCGCGCACGAUGUCAGAGGGCUACAGACUACAUGCCAUGUCACAGCUCAGCUCAAUCAUGCAAAUCAGGCACUACCGCACUCUUCAAUGCCUGCUACUUCUCUUGCUAUCAUCAAUUCUCAACUCCAAGUCUGCGCCGAUGUGGUACAUUUCUGGUCUCUACUUUGUGCGGUCCGACGAGCCUUGGCAAGAUUCACGGCAUCAGCAAGCGUUCAGUGCCGCUAACGAGACGUUUACCCUCGGCUAUAUGUUGGCAGAUGACGACGCCUGGCAAGAGGCUGGCGACGUAGAGGCGAGCCAGAUAUACGUUGGGGGCUUUGAUCACAUUCCGCUUGGCCUCGACUCGUUUGGGCUUGACUUCCCGGCACCCAUGGCGGUGCCAAUGGAUACAGCGAUCACAGACAGCGUGUUGAACUUUUUGGAGCCAGUGGACUUCUCGGAUUGCGGGAACCAGGCGAGUCAAGACGACCCGCCAACAAAUUAG